UGUCCGCCGUUGAGUGAACGUUCGAAAUAGCUUUCUUUUCUUUGUGCAUGGAUUUCGGUUCCAAGAACCGGUGUAGCACAAUGGCGAGAAUCGCACUAAUAGUAUUGCUAUUGACGGUAGUGUUUGGCGUGUAUAUUAUAGGGGCCACCAGAUCAACGGCGAGAGGCGAACCAUUAGUGGAAGCUGCUGUUAGACGCGUAGUGGUCGAUGUAGACGCCGGACCAGACGACGUGUGGGCUUUGUAUCACCUGCUUAGUAGCCCCGGUGUACGGGUUGAGGCGAUCAGCUGUGUCAAAGGCAAUACCAAUGUGACCAAUGUCGGGCGGAAUGUCCUGAGGUUAUUGACCGCACUAGGCAAGGAGAGGGAGAUUCCAGUUUACCUGGGUUCCAACGAGCGACUGAUUACUCCAGAACCGGUGGCCAAUCCCAACGGAGGAUACUUCGGCUCAGAUGGCUUCUCCGAUAUCGAGUUCCCCGAUCUCCCGGAACCGGACGUAGCCCUACUUCGGCAAUCCUCAGUCUUCAACGAUCUGAACAAGCUGAUCGAACGAUAUCCCCACGAACUCACAUUCAUCCAGCUGGGACCCCUUACGAACCUGGCACUGCUGUUCAAGGUGUUCCCGGAAACGCGUCACCAUAUUCGGGAUCUGUUCAUCAUGGGUGGCAACCGGCACGGGGUCGGCAAUACCGAAAAAGCUGCCGAGUUUAAUUUUUACAGCGAUCCGGAGGCGGCGCACAUUGUAAUAAACAAUUUUGGCGGCCACAUUACGGUCCUUCCUUGGGAGACGGCUUCCCGGGAGAACCUGGUGGCGAAUCAGACAUGGCGAUUCGAAUUUUUGGGCAGUGGCAGCCAUCCCGUGCUGCAGAUGUUGAAUCCGGUGGAGAAGAAACCGUUGGGCGCAGAUGACAACUGGAUGCCGUGCGAUUUGCUUGUGGCGAUGGCGUACACCAAUCCGGAAAUUGUGACCGAAACGAAGCGCUACCGGGCCGACGUGGAACUGUACGGGUGGUUGACACGUGGUCAACUGGUGCUGGAUCAUAUGAACCAAGGCCAGGGAAAUGUGACCAUUAUCGACAACAUGGAUCACGUGAGGAUAGCGCAGAUGUUAACGGACUUGGCGUUUGAAUCGAGUGGGACGGGGUAGCUGCCGGUACAGGAGGGAUUAGAUGU